GCCUGCUCCCUCUCACCCUCCUCCUCCUCUUCCUUCUCUCCGUCCGACAAUGCGAGCACCAACUAAGGAUUUAUAAUUUCUUCAUCCACUCUGCAUCGUUUCUUCCUCCUCUUCCUCACGGACUGUUCCAGUGAUGUCGCCACGUCCACAGAUCUGAUCCAUCAGGUUGAGUCGAAACAGGAACAGAGAUAAAAUCCACCCCUGACACCGACUCCCAGGACCGUCCCACCGUCCACCCCCGAACCCAACCUCCCCUCACCCCUCUCACAGCUCCAGGGCUCUCCAAGGGUUCCUCGCCGGGUUCUCCAAAGGGUUCUCUGUGGUGUUCUGGAAAGCUCCAUACGCCUCGGGGCCUCGGACCUUCAUGCGUCUCCCAGCGGCAGAGUCCACCCACACCUCCACCCACCACACCACCACCACCACCACCAUGAGCUGUGAACAGGAGUUUGGAGACGGGGCCAUGGGAGUCACGCUCACACUGCGCCUCCUCAUGCACGGAAAGGAAGUAGGAAGCAUUAUCGGCAAGAAAGGAGAAACAGUGAAGAGAAUACGAGAAGAGAGCAGCGCGAGGAUCAACAUCUCAGAGGGCUCCUGUCCAGAGAGGAUCAUCACCAUCACGGGUCAGACGGACUGCGUGUUCAGAGCCUUCACCAUGAUCACGUUCAAACUGGAGGAGGACCUGACAGCCUUGGUAGCCAACGGCACGGUGACCAGCAAGCCUCCGGUCACCUUACGGCUGGUCAUCCCGGCCAGUCAGUGCGGCUCCCUCAUCGGCAAGGGCGGGUCGAAGAUCAAGGAGAUCAGAGAGACGACAGGUGCCCAGGUGCAGGUGGCAGGUGACCUCCUCCCAAACUCCACAGAGAGAGAGGUGACGAUAUCAGGGAGCCAGGACGCCAUCAUCCAGUGUGUCAAACUCAUCUGCACGGUCAUCCUAGAGUCUCCGCCAAAGGGAGCAACUAUUCCGUACCGACCCAGCCCGACCCCAGGAACUGUGCUGCUGGCAGGAAACCAGGUGUUCGAGGCGUCAGACUUUGGCUCUCACCCUCUGUUCUCUGUGGCGCAGGGAGGAGUGGACCUGCAGCAAACAUAUGCAGUACAGAGUCACUACGGCAUUCCACAUUCAGAGUUAGCAAAGCUCCACCAGUUGUCGAUGCAGCAGCAGGGCCUGGCCCCCAUCAGCCAAUCAGCUACACAAGUUCUACCUGGAGGGAUGGACACCAACUCCCAAACCACGUCUCAGGAGCUCCUCAUUCCAAACGAUCUGAUUGGCUCAAUCAUCGGUCGCCAGGGCACCAAGAUAAACGAGAUCCGGCAGGUGUCGGGGGCUCAGAUCAAGAUCGGCAGUCAGAUCGACAGCACCAGUGACCGUCACGUCACCAUCACCGGCACACCGAUAGCCAUCAACUUGGCUCAGUACCUGAUCACUUCAUGUUUAGAGACCGCCAAAUCCACCGCCCAGUCCUCCUCCAUGCCGUCUCCCGUUGACCUGACCAUGAGCUUCACCCAGCCCGCCCCCCCUGCCUCGUCCUCCUCCUCCUCCCCCCUGGCAGCGAUGGGCGCCGCACUGCCCCACGCUCAAAUGCUGGGCGCUCCCUACGCCCUCCCCCUCUCCAGCCUCCUGGGAAUGAAAUCCAUCCCUUACCUGGCACUCUCCACCCCUCCUGCCUCAGCAGCAGCGGCGGCGGCGGCGGCUGCAGCCAUCGGGGCUCCCAUGUUACCAGGUUCGAUGCAGACGGCGGCGACGGCAGCCGUUCCGGUUCAGGCUCACGCGGCGGCGGCCCUGGCAUCCUACACGGCCAAGAUCUCGUCCUCAGCCAACGGGAUGAAGAAGCCGGAGAGACAGAAGUUUGCGCCGUACUGAUGAGGGAGAGGGAAUGAGAGGAUGAGUUUGCAUCACUGAGGUAGCUUCUGAGGAUGAGGCUGGUUUUUAGAUGGAAGGGCACUUCUUAUUUUCCUUCUUUUGUUAUUUCACUUCACUUUCUUCCUCUGCCUCUCCAUCUCUUAUUCCUGUCUGGUGUCAAAGUGGGAUCAUUGGAUGAUUUAUGAUGUGAUGAUAAUGACAAUAAGGUUUAUCUUGGGGUUCGUUGCACUGAGCCACGCCGUGUACGUCUGUAAGCAGCACUGAGUCUUGAUUAGACCUGUUUCAUGAGGCCUCCACGCUGACUGACGAGAGCCGUAAUGGGAGGCAGUGUGUUUCCAGGUUGUCCAUACCUACAUACACCCACACAUACACCAGUCCGUCCAUCCCAUUCUCAUGAACACGAUAUCUCAAAACCACCUUGAGGGAAUUUCUUCAAAUUUGGCACAGACGUCCAUUUGGACCGAAAAAUACACUGAUUAGAAUUUUGUGAUUGAACGUCAAAGGUCACUGUGACCUCACAAAAUAUGUUUUCAGCCAUAACUCAAGAAUUUAUACUCAUUAUGACAAAACUUCACACAAAUGUCGAACAGAAUAAAAUGAUGCAGUGAUGACCUUUUACAUCCAAAAGGUCAAAGGUCAGCUUGACUGUGACAUCAUUAUGUUUUAACGUCAUAUCUCAGGAACAGAAGGGGAGACAUUUGGUCAGAUACUGAAUUGGUGACUCUAAUCUUGAAACUGUGCUGAUUGUAUAGAUCUUCUGUGUGUGAAGCAUCCAUGUUUUCACUGACAUGGAUGGAGACUGUCAGAGACACUGGACUGGUGGGCGGAGUCAGGCUACAGUGCAAACAUGUCAUCAUGGCUUGGCACAGUGCGGCCAAAGAGGAAAAACCUUAAUGUAAACUACAAAAAAACUAUGAAAAACUCGUCGUCGUCUCCUCUGCAGACUGAUAAAAACAACCUUAAUGAACUGAGAACCUGCUGCCACACUCUGUUAACUGAUCCCAGUUAAGAACUCUGUGUGACAGCCAGACACCAGAUUGCAGUGGCUCAUGGGUAAUCAGUAAUGCAAUGAGCGAGGCUGUCAAAUUUUCAUGCUGAUAUCCAUCUAAGCUCCACAUGGGAAAAAUAAAUUAAAGAACAAAUAGACGAUGAAGAAAUAAUACCCUCCAUCUUGCUUUCUUGACCUUUUCUAUGGGACACAAACAACACAUUUGUGUUAGCUUUUUGCUUUUUUCAUAAAGUUUUAUGAGCGCUUAAAUCCUCAAAGUCAGGUGAAAACGGCGCCAAUACUAAAGACUGAAACAGACAGAAAUAUCCAACACAGUGUCACUGACGAUCCCGACAGUGAGCACUGAUUAUCUGUAGGAUAUUUUUGACUUUUUUUAUGUCUCAAUGCAAACGUAGACAAUCCUGUACAGCAGCUUCCUACAGCAAGGGUGAUGGAUCACUACAAACAGCUGCUGUGAUGCUUUCAUUUGUUUAGCAUCGCUAACGCGUCAAAGCUGCAUGUUGCUGUGCAGAUUCUCACUGGUUUAAUAAACGUCUCAGGGUCGCUGACUCCUCUCUACUACCCCCUUGUAGAUAAGUGGUCUUCAACACAGCCAUAACUCAGAAAGUCGAGUCACACAUCACACUUUGCAUUGUAGAGUCUUUUAAGGAAAUCUUUGAGAAACAAAUUCUACUUCCAACACACAAACUCAUGUGUGUCUUUAUGUCUCUGUGUGCAGUUUGUCGGUGCUGAAUGUUGACCAGGCUAUGAAUGAGAUGCUCUAGAACGCAGAGAAAAACACCUCCUCCUCUAAAGUUCAGUCCACCACCAACUGACAUGAGAGAUGUCAACUUCUUUUACUGCACAAACUACCACCUUAGAAACAGGCAACAUUUUUAUUAUCUUCCUUAAAUGCAACGCAGUCGCCAGGAAAAAAUGUCGUUUCUAACCAUAGGGAUGUGACAUUUGCACAUUAUUACGUAGGGGACACGCUGAAACUUGACGUUUUUAACAACUCUGUGGUUAAUGUGUGGUUAUGUUCAGACACAAAAACCACUUUGUUAGGAAAAGAUCAUGUUUUGGCUUAAAAUACAUGGUUUUGGUUACACAAUACCAGCUGGAAUAACAACAGCAAGUUGCUAAAAACACCCAUAUUUGGUGCCUAAACACUCGCUGGAAACGCAGCUCUGUCUUGGAAAAAAGCAAAAGCUUUUCAUGGUACUAUCCCUGCUGUAACGACAGCAAAGGGUCUCCAAAAUACAUCCACAUUUGGUGCCAAAAAGGUCGCUGGAAACAAAGCUCUGUCUCGGUAAAAUUAGCUGCUUUUUGUGGCAAUAUCCCAGCUGGUAAAACUGCAACAGGUCACUAAAACACCUACAUUUGGUGCUUGCAGCAAUGUCUUGAUGAAAAACAACCACUUGUCAUCGUACUAUCCCUGCUAGAAAAACAGCAACAGGUCGCUAAACACACGACAUUUGGUGCGUUAAAAGCUGCUGGAAAUGCAGCAAUGACUUGUUAAAUCACAACUGCUUUUGUCCUUUUUGGCCUGGAACAGCAGCCUGGAUGUCACGCCAUCCACCCUCCCCUCCACCUCCAGCAGUCAACAAAGUCAGUUCAUAUACUACGUCACUUAAGCUGGCAUAAUGACAUUAACAGAGAAUAUCAAUAUCACAGUGUUAAACUGUUAAAUAUGCGGUUAUACCCCAGCUAAUGACAUCACAGCUCACAGAAACCAGCCAUCAGAAGCUGCUGUCGGAGCAACAGACGGAAAGAUUUACCCCUUUAAAAAGAGCUCAAAGAAAUCCUGAUACAUCUUCACCCUCAACACAGUCUGAGCCCAUCGAAAGAACUCAAAUCUGAUUUCACAUGGAGAGCAAGGCUUUGGCUUUACAGAGUUUUAGGGCCCAGACAUCUAUCAGUCAGAGCGGUGUAGUUAUUCCAGACAUAUGAUCAGAGAGAGCUGCUGUCUCAUCUCCAGUGUACAUGAACAACCACCGAACUAACUCCUGUGAGUGUCGUCGGUCCUACAGAUUCAUUCAGACCAGUAAAAUCCCUGCAGCCGGUUUUGGUUCGGGUUUUUUUUUUGUACAACCAAAAUCUGAGCUAAUGAUACUAUUGACACACAUUUUACCAAUGAGCCUAAAUAAUAUUUACUGAAUAAUUUCAUUAUAUGACAAACUAUGACAGAGCUACAAUUAGAAAUGCGAAAAAAUGUAUAUAUAAGGAAAUGCUGUUUAUCGCUACAUAUAUUCUGAUGACCUCACCAAAACCACCACAGAAAAUUACUCACAUUUUACACAAAAGUUAGUGUAAAAAAUGUCAAAGUCUUUUGUCCAGCAAACAAAAAACUAUUCAAUAAAAAUGCACUGAUAUCUGAUACCAGUGGUUUUUUGUAUUUCCCUUUUUCUGACAGGGAAACAAAGUAAUCUUAAUUUUAAAAAUUAUACACAUAAUUAAAUCAUCCUUUAAAAUAACCUUUUAUGAAAAACAUUCCCUCUGUUAUCUGUUUUAUAUUGCUGUGAACACAUGAACAAUUUUCUCUUUCAAACAGCUGAAUUUAUUAAAGUUUCUCACCAAAAAACUACAUUUACAAGAUCACAUGUGAAUGAUAAGGCUUUAAUUUAUCUUCGCCAAGUGUUCAUUUCUACAGAACAGAGCUUGAACGCAUCAUAAUGUAAAUCAAUGCAACCUCGGCCUGCUGUUAGUUCCAGCCACCGGCUGCUGACAGCCCUGCUUUUUAGCCUGCGCAAAAUUGAUGAGACACGACAGAAAAACAUCGACCGCCGCCAUUUGUAAAUGUCAUGCUAUUUGCUGAUAGGCUGAUGGCAGACAGCAAGACGAAUAUCAGCUGAUAGUGAUGUACGGCCGGUAAAUCGGUGCAUCUACUGUUCAUGACAGCCAUCGAAAGCUAAGUCAAACAAGCAGCUUAUUGCGAUCCAUAUUUUUGUAUUGUUCAGUAGUGACCUCUAGUGGCCGUAGUAAUUAUGACGGGAGCAAAGGAGAGAGUCAGGUGACGUAACAUAAAGGGCAACAAAUCUACAUAGUAUGGUGGAUGGUCCAAACAAACACAGGACUUUCACACAGGAGACCAAAUGUCGAUGUUGAGUUAUUUCAACUUCUGUAGCUACGCAAGUUAACUUACAUAAUGUGCUUAACUUUCAUUACGUAUGUAACUUAAAUAACAUUACGCAUGCUUAUUUAAACCUAAAUCAUGAUCUUCUCCUAAACCUAACCUAAAGCUGGUGCAGCAGUCUCACAAUGUUAAAGUCAGUAGUUACCGGAUGUAACUCAUGUUCUAUGAGUGUGUGUGCUUUUUGCUGGUAUUCUCCAACGGUCAUAAAGGUUUCAAAAGUAGGGACCACUGGUUUAAAGUUGGAAAUUGAAAUAAAAAAAAAACCAAACAGGAGAAACUCAAAGGUUUAAAGGUGAUAACUGAAUGAGCUCAUGGUUAAACAAUACCGUAAAGUGCAUGCAGAGACAUAAAAUUCAUCAGAAUCCGAACCCUCCCAGCAGGUCCAAGUCUUUGAGGCUGUCACAUCAUUAUUUUCCAAUAAUCCCACUCUGUCUGUUUUGUUGAAGUUUUUACUCCUGACUUGUUUUUGUAGCUCCGCCCGUAUCAGAGUGACUGUUCAGGGGUUCGCUGGGUGUUUGCAGCUACUGUAUGAUGAUACUGAUGUUAAAGGUUAUUUGGGCCACAAAGCCUGUAAAAGCCAUAGAGACUAUUCAGCUUUUCCCUCCUCGUCUGUUUCCUGCUCUCUUUUUGUCCCUCGCUCCUUAUUCUAUUGUAUACUCUCAUAUUUAUUGACUAAUAUGAAAUAUUCCCUCAGAGAGUUUAUAUCACUGGUCACUAACACUGAGCUGAACAACUCGGCUUUUGUAUACAAUGAUGUCUACUUGUAUAUGACUACUUCCUUUCUGCUUCCUGUCUGUUCCUGUCUUUAGUUUUAGUAUUUGUUGUAUAGAGUUUUUUAAAACUUGCAACAGAUUUUAAAGACGUCUUUUUGCUUUAACAGUCUGUAAUUGUUUUUGUUCACAAUUCUCAUUUGAAAUGUGUUGUUUAAAUUAUUUUUUAACUUAUUAAGAGGAGUAUUACAUUUACACUUUUAGAAUAUCUUUCUUUUCCCAACAUGGCUGCAGGUAAAUACUGUCAACUGUUUUUUGUUUGUUUCUUUUUUAGUUGUGUGAACAAAAUUAACUUGUUUUUGUUUUGGGUUAAAAACAAAAAAAACAAAAAAAAAGAUCACUGUACGAUUUAUGCUAAUAACCAGAUGUUUUUGUUAGAUAGAAGAGUAGUGUUUUCACUUGUGAGCUCAAACUGGACAUUUUACCACACACACACUUUCUAACCGGGGACUUGUGUUUGUAAAUGUCGACCUGCUUCUCAACUUUCAUCCACAGAACUAGAAGAAAGUAGAAACACCACUUCCUGUAGAGGGUGAUGUCUACAGAUUAAGAUCAUUCAUUUUCCGUGGCGUUCAUUUAAAGGUGCAACAUGUUGCUGCUGCAGUUGCCUGAAAUUAACAGAAACAAUCAAAUAUGAUUUUUCUUCUUAAUCCCUGUGUAUGGAGAAGUAACUGCAGCGAGGAGCCUGUCAGCAUCUUGUAAACUCCUUCCUCGCUCAGCACCAUCGAUCAAUAACCCUGUCAGCGCUCAGCAGAUAUAUCAAGGACCACACUGUGACACCAGGCAGCCGAAAUCCAGCUUAACACACUUAAAUCACCUUUUCCUGCAGAUAUAAGGGACAAGCCUUCAAUCACGCACAACAUGAAGAAUGGAACAUUUUGUGGUGUAUGAAUACAGUAAGACAUCCAAACCACCUGAUUAUAGCUGUAAGGUCGGUAGAAAAGGUAUAUUCACGAAGGGAUGAGUACGAACGCUGCAGCAGUCUGUGCUCAGAUCUUUAUUAAAACAUUGUUCAUUCAGUUAGACAUUUUCAGUCGGCUAGUGUUACUGUUCGUCACCGCACUUCUCCUAGAUGUUUGUUUUAAUCAUUUAUACCAGAAAAAAUCUUGAAUUUCUUUGAGAAUGUUUUUACAAAAUUGAGUGUGGAUAAGAGCAGAGACGAGAAACAUUGCCAGUGUCAAAACUGAUGAAAUUGACUGCUGCAAUCUACGCUGUCCGUACUCUGCCAUCAUUUCGUCUUUAUUUGUUCACAAUUCCAAAAGUCUUGCAGAUACGAAUGAAACAGAGCGAUACCACAGGAGAACAUGGAGGCAGUGUAGCGUAGUUCAAGCGAGAUACGACCGUAGGAGACGACAAAAUCAUCUUUAAAAAAAAAAAAGGCAGAACACAACGAAUAAGUGAUGACAAUUCUUCAUCCUCGUGUCGCGAUGUAUUUAAUGACCUCGCAGACCACUGUCGUCUUUCUUGAUGUCUCCGCUCUUUAGUGCCAUCUAUUGGUUGUAUCUAUGCCAUCAUAAAGGAUGCAUAGAAAUAUGUGGGCAGUGAUGUUUGCAACGCUUGACAUGGACGAACCUAUCUCCCCACGUGAAGAAGUAUAAACUCCUUUAGUUUCUUUAUAGUUUAUUUCCUUUGGUGGAACAACGUUGUUGUUUCCUAGCAACCAGAAGACGCCUUGAAACGGUCAAUAAAGUGGUUGAAACCAGUUCCGCCUGCAGCAGCUCCAACAGCAACAUGCUGCUCUAACAGUGAUGCAUCAGUGUUAAUAGACUCAUGGUGUCAGGUAUCAGUCACAGGAGAACUUUUACUUGUACUCUGCGCUCAUUUCACCAUAUUUGUUCACGUUUUCUGAAACCUUAUGGAUAAGGACAAAACGGAGCAGUACCACCGUAAAUUGUGGGGGGCAGUGUAGCGUAGCACAAGGGAGACCUGGCUGUAUGACGUGAAGAAGACAUUUUAAAAAUGGCGCAACAGAACAAAUCGGUAGCGUAGUGAAAAGAAUCCAAUCGUCCAACUGUCAUGAGGAUUUAAUGGCCUCACAGAUCACCGCCAUCUACAAAGACGAACAAUAGUACGACCUCCUCCACCGUCGCCUUUUUUAACUCCGCCCUCUAGUACAAUCUAUUGGCUGUAUCUAUGCCAGCGUAAAGGACACACAGAAGUAUGAGGGCAGUGACGUUUACAGCAUUUGAAAUGGACGCAUCUAUUUCCACACAUCAAGGGAGUAUAAGUGAGCCUUUAGUGGAACAACAUUGUUGUUUCCUAGCAACCAAAAGACGCCAUGAAACAGUCAAUAAAGUUAUUUAAACCAGCUCCACCUGCAGCAGCUCCAGCAGUAACUUUAGGCAGUGAUGAUUACAACAUUUCCAUCAUGUUGCAUGUAAAGGGAGAAUGUGGAUCAGCACAUCAGGAUCGGGGUUGUUCUACUUGUUGUAGUUCUGUGGCAGAGAGAGUCCCUCCUCUGUGUGUGAAAGUAAAAAGCAACGUCCUUUUAUUUAUGUCCUUUUUCUUUCUUUUCAAACUAAACUGAUGCUCAGCUCGGUUUACUGUCCUUGCCGGAGUGUCAGAGACUAAUGCUGCAUGUUUGCUUGGCCUCACUAACACACACACACACACACACACACACAUGUAAAUACACACACAUGAUCUUGACAAUUAAAUUAGCACUCCUACAGAUCCAACCAUCUGACUUGUACACACACACACACACACACACACACAGGCCUCGGUCGUUGCACUGACUCCCUCUUCACUGACAGUGUGAACUAAAAGCAAUACUAAACAGAGCCGGAUGAGUAGCUACACAUUGGCAAGCAAAUAUAUGUGUGUGUACUUUUCAACUGUAACAAAUACAUUCAUAUUUAACUCGAUGGGUUGUCGAUGUGUAGAGUUCUCUGUUCCUUUUUCUUUGUUUCUAAAAAUAAUGAUAAUAAUGUGGUAUAUUAAACAAACUCACUUAUUUUUAUAAAGUCAAAUAACCUUGUUGAUGAACUGAACUGAACUGAACUGUGGACACCGUGUUUAAUCACGUCACUCAUCCGUCCUCUCCACGCUCACACCUUUUGUUUUCUUCAUUUCUCUUUCUGUUUCUCGUCCACGUGUCUCUCGUCUGUUUAUUUGCAUGAGUCUGACUUGAAUCAAUGUCUAUGCAAAAACAUCUCUGUGUGGUUCAGCUCAGUGAUCCAUGUGUGGGGUCACAUGGAGGCUGUGCUGGUGCUGGUGACGUGCAGCUGAAAUGAAAGGGCUACGGUGGACCAGGGGUCUGGCUCCUGAUGCAUCUGCCCUGAGGAUCAGUUGGUUAUUAGUUUACAGAUAAAUAUACCAAGUCCAAUCUGAUAAUUAUACUUACCUGAACGACACAGCCCUGGAAUUACAUGUAACCAGUUUGAUUUACUUUAUGUUUGAUAACCGAAUAACUUGUCGUUUUAUUCUUACUAAAAUUAUAAAACAAAACUCAAAUGCAAACACUUCUCUAAAGGUUAACACUGAAAUUGGAGCUGGACUUGUGAAGUACAAGUAUCGGCCAAAUCACAGGGUUUAUCUGCAAUAACUUCCGGGUAGAAGACCUUUGUGUCACAUACAGAAAAUCAAACGACGCUGAGCAAAUGCUGCAUCAGUUAGUUAGUUUUUAGCAACCUGAAAAAAAGACCAACCAAAAAACUCACUAUUAGUUUAAGUGUACGCUACAUGUAGAAUAUUUCUAUCACUUUACAUUGCUGUCAGUCAGCCUCUCCUAGUGAGGAACUGAAGUCGUUAUGUCACAGCCACCACACUCCACUGACAAAAGCUGUAAUUUUACUUUGCAGAUCACUGAAGUUGCCGCUCUACUGUGGCCUCGGUUGGUUAGUUGGGGUGGGACUCAGCACAGGAUUCACAAUCACGAUACUUAAUUUACGACACAAUAUUACUGCGAUUUUAAAUAUGUUGCAAUAUGCUGAGUAUUGUGAUAAAAUAUUUUGUGAUUACAAUAAAUUAAUGAAUUAUUUUUUAUUACAUUUUUAAAUUACAAAGGAAUUUUUUGUCAACAUCUGUUUAAUCUAACAAUAUAAAGUUUUCACUCUGUUCAUUUUAUUUCAUUCUUUUUUUCAGCAGCAAAAUGUAUCUAGUGAACUGAAAAAGCAACUGAUUAUUUUAUUCUAGUAGGCUACCUAAAGUUUAAUUUCUAUUUGUAAUAUUAAUAAUUUAUAGAAUAAAAAAAUCAGUACUAGGCACUGUGUGACAAUACGAUAUUGCCAUACAGAAAUAUCACAAAACUAUGCUGUAUUGAUUUUUUUUCCCCGACCCCUAUUGGUUAGCACGUAGGGUAAAGCCAAGACAAAAAACAGAUAAAGCGUUCACUUCCACUGACAUUGAUUUGUUUAGUCUUUUUUUUUUUUCUUUUUUUAAAAGGUGGCUUAAACACAUUUUGCCGCGGCUCAGUCCACACAGAAAAUUGCUUAUCUUCGGUGCCACUAAAUUUGGUUUAUUGAAGAUGAUAGCAAAGCAACACAGUACAUAAAACAUGCGCACAGCAGAAACAUCAAAUAGGUUGGACCACUGUGUUUAAAUAUAUAUAUAUCCUAAAAAGGUACAGCUAUGCCUGAAAAUGACAACAGGAACAAACAAGUCUGCCAUUUUUACAUGUCUCUGCAGUUGAGAUGAAUUCCUGUUUUCUACCCGGAAGUGACUGUUUGAUUUUGGCAACUCCACAACAAAAAGAAUCAAAAUUAGACUUAGAAAAUCCUUCAAAAGCUAAAUUCUACCCAUGAUUCCUCAACAGCAACUUUAACAGGACUCUGGGACUUUGUUUCUGCUUAAAUCUGCUAUUCAGUUUACACCCACAGAGUCCAGCCUUGUUCAAUUUGAACUCAUCACGCACUGCUUAGAGGAAAAUUAAUUCAACCUCUGGUCAGAUUUUUAAUGAACACAUUUUAUAACUCUGCGUUUUUGUGUAGCGAAAAAUGCGGUGCACAAUUCCCUUAUAAACAACAGACUCUUCAUGACAAUGGCAAACACAGAUUGCACUCUCAUUAAAUUUAAAGUCCUUCAUGGUUUUUGAGAAAAGUCAUUUUGCAGGUACACUUCACUGAACACGCUUCACAACUCGUACAGGUAUCUCUCAGCCUCAGAGGUGAACACAAGCUGAAAGAAAAUCACUCUUCAGGGUAAAUGUGUUGCAGGAAUCAGACCCUCAGGACAGCAGAUGGAGGUCUCAGCAACACUGUACAAGACUUUAUCAAACAUGGAGAAGGAAUUCACGAUGAACUGAUGCCCUCAUUCCAAGUGUUACUACAAAUACACACAUAGCUUGUACGGCAAACAAACAUAAAAAAUACACCCAAACACGCAUUCACUCUGAACCAACUGUUGAACAAAAAUGACUACGGUUAUGAAUAUUGUAUUGCACUUGAACAUGAAAAAUCCAUUAUGACAAGAUAUUCUCUACUGAGUAUGAAGUACUACCAUCUAUAUGUUUUAAUUUCUACUUCCCUGUGAAGGUGGGGAGGUUUGCUCUUUGUAUAUCAGCCUGAUGUGUUUGUGAUUCUCUGUUUUCUUUCCAUUCAUGCCAUGUUCUAAUAAAUAAAACCUA